AUGGUUCAGGGCCAUAUAUUUUUGGCCGAUGAAAUUUCUCUAGCAGACGACAGUGUAUUAGAAAGAUUGAAUUCUCUACUAGAACCGGAAAGGACCUUAUUGCUAGCGGAAAAAGGUAUAGACCUCAACAACCGCGCCAACUCCGAACUGAUAGUCGCGCACCCGAACUUUUUCUUCAUCGGUACGAUGAACCCGGGCGGGGAUUUCGGCAAGAAAGAGCUGUCUCCGGCCCUGAGGAACCGUUUUACGGAGAUCUGGUGCGAUACGUGCCGGCAUCGAGACGAUCUGGUGGCGAUCGUGGAAAGGACCGUCAAAACCGGGGUGUCGAUGGGCAAUCAGGAGGAUUGUUCGAGUGGCGUGGGAAAUUCCAUCAUGGAUUUCGUGGAGUGGUUCGAGAAAAUGGAGGUUGGGAAGAGAUUUACCAUAAGUAUUCGAGACAUCCUGACGUGGGUCAAUUUUAUAAAUACUUGCGCCGAUAGAAUGGAAAUUACGGAGGCCUAUAUUCAUGGAGCUUAUUUGACAUUUUUAGAUAGUUUGGGUUCCGGAAUUACUAGUACAGAAAGCUCGAAAUCGUUGGACAAGUUCAAAUCAGCCUGCCACGAAUUCCUCACCAACCAAACAUCCAAACUCACCCCGUCCGUACCCCACACUCCACCGAGGGUGGAUAAAACUGAUGAUCGGUUCGGCGUCAAACCCUUCUUCAUCCCCACGGGAAAAACCGCCCUUGACUCUACAGAUUUCGCCUUCGACGCCCCUACGACUCUGUCGAACGUUGCGCGGCUGUUGCGGGGCAUGCAGCUGGACAAGGCCAUCCUGUUGGAGGGCAGCCCGGGGGUGGGCAAGACGGGUCUGGUGACCGCCCUGGCUAGGGCGACGGGGCACGAGCUGCUCAGGGUGAAUUUGUCCGAUCAGACGAGCCUCGCUGUUCGUUGGAUGAACGAGUCUUUGGAAAGAGAUGUUCUGCAGGUCUCCAAAGUGACCAUGAAGGGGUACGAAGCCUCAACUCGACGGGUUAAUAUCGCGGGGACUGCCAAGGGAGGAACAAUUGUUGAUAUUUCAGAAGAGCCAGAUCUCCAACUUUUCUACGGUGUUCCAGAGAAGUGA